AACGAAGAAGCGCGCGACCUCUGACCUCUCGCACCCUUCGCGAUGCCAUUCAACAUGCAGCGGAAGCGCGCGAGAACACGCGGCAAAUGCAUCGAGAUGCAUCGGAUCGAUCUUUCAAUAAACGAGCGUUCUUCUCGCACAUCCGAGACAUUCGCAGGUAGAUUCGAUCCAGUGUCGGAUGCGAAACGAGUGCUGAAUCGCGUUAUUCGCGAUUCGACGUGGACGCGCGUCGGGAUCACGAUCGGCAGCGUGGCGCGGAAUAAGUGGACUAAGUCACGUUGUAAAAGUUGCGAUUAUUCAUGUACGAUGCGUUCGCAAAUUUUACCGACGAGCGGACGGAUCUCGCGCGGCAGAGGUGGAACUCGUUUUUCGAGCAUCGUGCGGCGGUCCGAACGACCGAAUCGCGGCCUUGCCGUCACUUCAAGGAAGGCUCCUCGACACAUAUUCCACCGUGGAGAAGCGGACCGUGCUCGCUCGAUGAAAAGACUCAAUUUCGAUCGCGCUCCUUUUUGCGGGUUCGGCGCAUUUUUGCGAUGAUUAUUCGAGGAGCAAGCGCGCGCGCACGCUCGCGUGUGCGCUCUCACAGUCCAGCGAUGGAAUCUCCUUCUCUUGUAUAGAAGAACAAUUUUGUGAUCCUGUAGGCGCAAUAUCGCUCUCCCUCUUACAUUACUAAUAAUAAUAUUUCAACCCCAGCGCAUCACAUUAAAAAUCUUGGAAUCCCUCUUUUUUUCUCUCUUUCUCUUUCUCCUCUCUCCUCUCUGUAUGUACGUGUGUUCGUCUGUCUGCCUGUCUGUCUCUCUCUUUUUUCACGGAGAAUUAUUUCGAGAGUUCUCUCCGUGUUCACGACAGUAGUCUCUCGAUACUCUGCGGACCGUGAGGUGAUCUAAGUUGUUCACUUAUCGCGCAUUUACCGCGGCGUUGGAAAUCCUAAAAAUAAAAUAAUUGGAAGCAUUUUACACGAGGCUCCAACGCGCAGGUCAGCCCGCGCUAAAAUUACUCUCGCUCCACGUAUCUACCUAAAUACACUUCUACGUUGCGGUCCGUUGGCUGGGUUCCGAGGAUCGCGGCGUGGCCGCCAUCGGCGUGACCGAUUCGAUUCACGAUGAUCGAGAUUUUCCUGAGGAAAUCGCGCUCAUGAGGAUUCGCGAAGUCCGCGAUUAGAGUUGCGCUACGCGAAUUGCGAAAGGAAUCAAAAGUACCCUCCUCGUCAUAAUUGGGCUUCUCGCGGGGACCAUCGCUUGGAAAUCUUAGAGAAUCAAUUCGAGGGAACCUUGAAAAAUCCAUCCGAAGCGGCGGACCACCGAGGUCUCGCGGGUCUUGUUUCUAAAAUAAAAGACUGGAAACGGCCGCUUAUUCAUAGCCGAUUAUUAGUCAGCGGCGGGCCGAUAAAGCAUGGCUCGCCUUUGCGAAAAUAACGUGGAAGAAGCUGGCAACUCUUCCACGAGAACGCGUCGUCUUUUUCAGCAGAGCACCUGUGAAUCUGCCGAAAUCGAGCACCACGUGCCGUAACAGUCGUGCCAAGAUAAAAACGCCAUUGCUCCACUGCGAUGCCGGGAAAGAGGAAAGAGGGACUCCUCUCUCUUUCUCUCUCUUUUCUCUCUCUCUCUCUGUCUUGAAGAUCUUUUAUUAUAAUUUUAGGUUUCCGUACUCGUUGCCAGAAGAUCGUCAGAUCCUCGAAUGAAUCGCUUACUCAUACAUCUAUUAUUCCAAGAUGUCAAUGAGAUCAUUGCGUCCCACAUUCAUGCAUUAAUUGCCUGUUUACUUUUAUGAUUUAGUGAAUGUUAGCAUGCAGAAUUUGCGUUAUUCUCAAAGAUCGGCAUUUUAUAUGACUGAGUUUGAAUAAAAUCCUCUUUUUGAAUUCAGUUUGAACUCUCUGUCAGUUUGUUGACAAUGAAAAUUGGUAUAUUGUUAGCGCAAUGUGUAUCGUGUAAAUAAAUGUCGUCUGAGUCCUUGACAAUUAGCAUCUCACGACGCUUGCUCUCUUUGCGAGGGUCAAUCACCUUGAGCUGAGUUCGCGGAGAUCGAAAAUAGAUCGAAAACUACAUGUAAUUUCAAGUUUGAAUAAACACAAGCGACUAACGGAAAGUUCCUCGGGACUGUUCGUUUAACUCGCAACAUCACGCACUGGCAAGUUGAAAAUCCUCUUUGCGUUUUAUCCGGCACCUCGAAUCUCUCGACGGUGAACGGCAACCUACAUUUAAACGGGAUAUUUUCCGAUCACACAUUGGUGAUCCCAGCGGUAAACGUUGCCUGGUCCUUUUAAGGAAAUGCCUGGCGUAUUGCGAAACGUCCUAAUCAACCUUCGCCCGAUUAUACGUAUCCGGCACAUACACCGCACGCACACAAACAGCCGACGAGUAAAGUAUCACCGAUAAAUCAGAUAUCUCUCACGCUCCCGAUUUAGUUACGUCAUCGACACAGUUUAACAUGUGUUAUUGGAGAAAAAAUAAAUCUUAUCAUUGCCCUAUGAGUAGUCGACCUGUGCGCUUCGUAAAAUCAAAUGAAUCCAGAUGUCAUGGUUGCAGGACCGCCUCCACCACCGCCUCCUCCACCUCCGACGUCUGGUCAACUGCCAACUAUGAGGAUUAACACUGCCGAGAGCGCAGCGACGAAGAGGCCACAGAUGGGUAAUAACGAUGCCUACGAGCCGCCGGCAGCCAUCCAGAAUGCGAUGCUGACGAAGGAUAAGAAACCUUUUACCUACACGCCGGGUAUGGGCGGCAAGUUGGAUCUCUCGCAAAUCCGUAGCCCGCGAAUGGCGAGAAGAGUGGCUAAAAAUGCCAAUGACGAGGGCAUCGAGGGGCCGCCGAAAUCCGCCCUCGAGUCAAAGCCGUCGCCUGCAACUCCUACCACGCCGAAUCUCUACGUACAGCCGCAGGUAGCGAUACCCGUUUUUCCCACCAACGUUCCACCACAGCCCCAGGUCAACAGGGUGUCUCAGCCAGCCGCGGUCAAUAGGAUGCCGUUGAAUGCUCACCAGGUCGACUGUUCUUCUCCGAUAGUUGCGGAUAAGCCAGCUGAAGCGCCGAAGAACAUCACGAAGAUCGAUACGAAGAUUGUGCCGAUCGCGGUAACGUCGAGUCAGUCGAGCACCCCUGAGAGUCCGAACACACCGACGCAGGUCACUCUGGCCAAGGCUCCGACGCCUUGGCUCCAAAAUAAGAACAAGCCUCAGGAGGAAUUGCCCGAGUGGGCGAAACGCACGAGCGUCAACAAAGCGGUUGCCAGUCCGUUGGAGUGCCCGCCGUCCCCGACGUCUCCGGUUUACAUCCAGGUGCAGCCGCCGUUGCGAGAAUCGCCUCCGCAGCGUGCGCAGGUAAGGCCAAAGGAGCAGGAGCAGCAGAGCGCGCAAUACCAACCUCCGCCGCAAUAUCAGACUCCGCAACAGAAACCACAGCAGUCCCAACAAUCGCCCCAACAGACUCAACCGACGUGGCAGCAAAAGCAGAACACUGAUCCCGCGGUGUCUCAGCGAACUAAUCCGCAGACGCAUGAGCGUAUCAUACCUAUUCGGAUCGAAGACAGACCAUCAGUGUUCGAUGCGAAGCGCGAGCCUGGCCAUCAUCAGUUCAAACAACCUCCGACCCUGCAUCAUCAACAACGAUGGGGUCAAGCGUCCGGGCAGAGUCCGGAAAGUCAGAUGCAAAGCCAGCCACAGGAUCAGGAGCAGCCGCAGACUCACGUCAUGGUCGUGUCCCGACCCGAGCAGACGGUUGGCACCUACAUAAUUCCCAUUGUGGUGGAGGGUAACGACAAGAAGACACCGCAGUCGAAUGUCGGCGGAAGUAACGCGACUGGAAGAGGUCCUAAGGUUGUGCAACAGAGAACUCCAGUCCCUGCUCAGCAGCACGAAACCGGCCCAGUCCAAUCGCGAUCAUUCCGUGUUCUUCAAAAAAUUACGGACACGGAUACAUCCAACGACGUGGGCGCAGAUCAAAUUCGCAGAAUGGAGCUGAGCGAAGACGAGAGGGUGCUCAUGAAUAAGUUUAAAGAACAAGUCGACCAUGAGACUUAUCUUCAUCAAGAGGAAGAUCCGAGAUAUCGCGGUGCGGCGAUACCCUCACGAGCUUUUCGCUUUUUACAAAAUAUGACUGACUCGACUGACGCUUCAGUUACUUGCGCAGCGCCACGUAAUCCACAGAACGUUGCGAAUAAGAAGCAAAACAGAAAUUCAAAAUCGUUCGAAGAAACGCAGGCGAACUUGCCGCCGAGCGAGCAACAAGUCCCAGAACCGAAGAAGUAUAUGGGUAGUGCUAUUCCUUCACGGUCCUUCAGGAUAUUACAGGCGAUGACAGCACCAGAAAGUAUCGCCACGCAAGAAAAUCGUCAAGCGGAUUACACCCGCCGAACAGAGAAUAACUUGCCGGGCAAUCAGCAGGGUGUAUUUCUCCCUCCUCCACCCGUUCCCUUCUGGUAUCCCGAGGGUUGGUGGGGCUAUUAUCCCGCGGUGCAGUAUAACGUGCCGUUCAGCGAACCCGCCGACGACGAAGCGAAUAAACAUUCCUUCCCUCCUUACGCGUGUCCGGACGGAAACGUGUACGUCGGCUACGAACCCUUUUAUCCGCUUUACGAUCAAAACCUCGCGGAUCUUGCACGGGUCAAAGUGACGCGCCGAGAAAGCCUCUCGUCGACCGGCCAGAACAAGCCAGUUUACUCGGAACCGGACCGCAACGGUCACCAUCAGCAAUCACACAUGGAUGCGAACGCUUACGAUGAUCAUGAUCGACUGUCUGCGACCGACUCGUCCUUCGCGCAGAAAGACAGACGCCUCAUGAGAAGCGACCUGCCUGACGACGAGUCGAAUGGUACCGUUUUGCCCGAGGAAAUUAAUCACUUGGACGCACAAUCGAGCGGCACACAUGGCCCCAAGUGCCAUCAGCGAGGAGGAGUCGGCGAGAACGGCGACGUCGACAGGAAUGGCAUUGUCACGGCGAUGAAUAUAAUCGACGAGGAAGGCGGUCUGCCGGACAGCCACGAGAACACCGCGGCUUCUGCGUCCUCAGAUAAUGCUGAGCUGGAAAAGACCUUUGGUCUGCACAUCAACGUGCCGAAUUACACGUAUGUGGACACGAGCGAUUCCAGCGAUUCCAGCGACGACGACGAUUCCUCCAGUGACGAUUCCACUUCCGACAACGAACAGCUCUCGGACUCGCGGCGGAAGAGCUCCAGCCGCAGAGACGACACCACGUCCUCUAACAACUCCUCGUCCGACAGCGACUCGGACUCCUAUAUGGCGUACUCGACGGGUCUAAAUCCGCACGAGAAGCCAGAUAAAGAGUCGCGCGGGUCCGCAGGAUUUUCCGAGGAUAAUCGCGCGGACCUCGCGGCUGCUCGCUCGGAAUGUACGACCAGCGCGGAAAAUCGCGAUUCCUCCGUGGACGAUUCGGAAAGUGCAGACAAAUCCCGUUUCAGGAAGGAUCGUCCUCAGUACUCAGAUGAUUUCGGUUCUCAGAAAACAUCUGAGCAAAAUAGUAUCGCGACGGCAAGAUACAACGAGGAUCACCUAAAUGGUCGAGGACGUAGCGAAGAUUUCCUUGAAUCGGACAAGACGAAUCCCAACGAUCACGAGUCAGAUGUGAAGCAGGCGACAAUCGUUCCUCGUCUAUUAAAUGUUAUCAAUAACGACACAGAUCGGCAAGAUUCCGAAAGUCCUUGUUACGAAGAUAGAGACAACGGACAAGAUGUCAACGGACAAGAGAAAGAAGCUGCCUUCGAGGCGACCGACGAUCCUCCAGACGACUCUGAGCCCACGAUGGUCAGCGUGAGCUUGCCUCUCAGGUUCAAGUUCUUCGUGUCUGAGAACAACGAGGACAUCACCACCGUGAUCGUCGGCGACAGCAAGAUCAGGGCGGAGAAGCCUCGCGAUUUGAAAAGCGGACAGUCAGUGGAGAACUACGAAGUGAACGACGACGACGACGACGACGACGAGGAUGUCAGCGUCAAUUUUCACGUCGGCAAUGAUACCAGCGUGGAUUUCACGAUUAAAAGACACGCGAGCACGGACGACACACGUAACGCGAUGAAAGGAGACGCAGAAGACUCGAGAAUCGAAGUCACCAUACCGCAAGUAAACUUCACUUUGAGGAAGGACCGAUCGAGGACUUAUGAAAGCAGCCGCGAGGAACACGCGGAGACAGAAUCUACGGCUACGACGACGGAACUUGACAAGAUGAGCUCCGCAGGAUCAACGUCGAGCGACGACGACGAUCACAUCGUCGAGUCGACGACUCCUGCGCGAGACGUCUUGUUAAAAGACAAAAACCACGUUGACGUGAUUGAUUCCGUCCGCGACGAUCUCGAGCCGAGGGUCCUCGCCGAGUCUGAAUCUUCCUUGACGCAGGACGACCUUGAAACACCCCAAGUCCGAGUAAUCGACACUUCCUGCAACAGCGAAAUGGACGAAAAUAACAGCAGGAUAACGCGUGAUAAGGAGGAGGACUCAUACAUCAAUCCCGAGGUUAACCAAACAACGAGCGAGACGAAGCGCCUGCUAAGCGUGCAAGAUUCUCGCGAGGACACCGACGAAGACGAGGACAGCGGCGUGACCUCCGACCUAAGUCGCAUGAUAUCCGAAGUCGACACAGACUCUGAGUGCACGUCCUCCAAAAACUCGAAGAAAUACCAACGCACGCAGACGCAUUCGCGGCUCUUCCGGCUGCUGAACGACGACUCUAUUCAAGAAUCCCCCUCCGACUACAAGAUGAACGCCUCUUCCAGGAAAGAGUAUCUCAGCCUGCCUCUCAACACGAACACUGUCUUCAACUACGACGACAGCUAUUGCUCCAAUUACUCCAGUGGCCUGACUUCGCCCGAGUACUCGCCCAUUCACGAGCAGUCCUGGCGGCGAUUCCAUGACGCGAGCUUGACGAAUGGCUCGCAGAACCCGGUCAGGAACACGGACCAUGCGCCGAGUCAGUCGGAACAGGUGAUUCCUCCACUUCACAAGGACGACCCGUACUUCCGCACCUGGAAGAACCCGAGGCCGGCCAACUUGCACAACGACGUCGUGCCUUCGCUCGCUUACAAGAUUCUCGAUAGCAAGAUGCCCUCUUGGGCCUACAAGGUGAACGUGCUCUGCCCAAGGAUUAAGAGCACCAAGAGCGUGCCGCGCGCCUUGAAGGAGGCACGCACUCCUCAGACCGCGCCACAGAGGCCCGGCAAGAUUAACGAUCCGCCGCCGACGGUCCUUCCUAUCCCGUCGACAUCCUGCGCGAGUGCUAACGCCAACUAUUGCUGACAUGCCAGGGCAGAAUGAGACCCCGUGCGUUUGGCCGUGAGCGACGAGACCGCUCCCCACGAUCCACGGACGUAUCUUUUCUCUCGAUUCGCAAGACAGCGGGCUGAGUGCGAGAGCCCGAGGUGCUACCGGGCUACGUGAUUUUUUUUCUAUCGAUCCCGACGCAACCGAUUAUUGAGGGAGGUCGGACGGGAUCCUCCUUAGGGAAAGUCAAAUUGUUAGUGUGCUUUUUUCUAUUUUUUGUUUACGCGAUAAUUCACCAACGCUCAUCCAUGUUGCGCCUAGCCGAUCCUCCAACGAAAUGAAAAAAAAAAGAAAGAAAAAACUGAACCGAAGAUUCCUUCAGAGAGGAUUGCGAAUUGUUGACGAUAUAAACUCAUGAAACGUUUCACACUGCCGUCAAAGACAAUUUCCAAACUUGUCUCGAACUGUCUACUUGCAUUAGAGACUUGUUUCGUUGAGAAACUGACUCGUUAUUUUCUCGGUAUAAUACGAGAACAUUUUGCUAAUUAUGCUUUUUUUUAAUAAUUGUUAGAAACGCUUUGAACGUAUGUGCAUUUGGUCGAAGUAAUUCACUUAAACAUGAAUCUGAAAUUUCAUAAUAAAGACGUUGCAGUUGCUUCACGGGACUUCUCGAAAGAUUCCUCGAGAAAGCAUCUCUUUACCCGUGACGUCUGAUAGAAUCUGAGGAUCGAAUCGUCUCUUGUGUAGGAGGUUGGCCGUAUCGUCGAAGUGUCGCAAUAUUUUGAGCAGAAACAUGUGGUUUGUUUUAUUUAAGAUCGAUGGUUCGUCAUGAAAAUUAUAACGUUCUCUUUAAGAAUAUUAAUCAUUACUCGAGAAUAUAUCUACACGUAAAUUGAAGGUAAUCCUUAUUACCUGAAUUUGUCAAUGUACUACUUAUACACACGCAUAUAUAUCCAUAAAGUUGUACAAUAAAUUAUUUGUAAAGUUGAAA